AUACAAGCUAAAAAAAAGUUCUAUUCUGGUGUCACAAAUGCAAAAUAAUUCAUCUUAAUAAGAAAAUGUUUAACCUCUUGUAAGGAAAUAUCAUUGAAAUAUUCAUUCAUUCAUAUUAUUACUUUAUUAGAACACUUUUUGAAUUUGAUUGACAUACCAUUAUUAUAUAGUGCCAAUUUCUGAUAUUUAUAAUAGUAAAAUUAUUAAAUUCAAGAAAUCUAUUCCACAAUUUCAUGAUAAAUACCAUUCAUCUCAAUCAACUUUUCAACACAACACACACACAACUAUGGGAAAAUUCACUUCCUUCUUCCUUCUUUUUGCCCUCUUUUUCUCCAACUUUAUUGCUUCAAGCCUUGGAAAGAAGCAAAGUGAAGUUCUUGGAAAAUAUUACAAGGCCAAGCAGGAUUCAGCUUUUGGCAACGAUUACUAUAAGGCGGCAGCCGUUGAAAAUGUAGAAUUGGACAAAGUUAUUCUUCCACAGGAGGGAUUAAAAGAUAAAGAUUGGAUCAAGAAACUGCCUGGACAACCACCAGUAAAGUUCCAACAAUAUGGUGGCUAUGUUACUGUCGAUGGAUCUGCUGGCCGUGCUUUAUACUAUUACUUCACUGAAGCUGAGAAUUCCAAGUCUUUGCCUUUGCUUCUCUGGCUUAAUGGAGGCCCUGGAUGUUCUUCUAUUGCAUAUGGUGCAAUGGAGGAGCUUGGUCCAUUCAGAGUUAACAGUGAUGGAAAAACAUUACAUAGGAAUCAUUAUGCGUGGAAUCUUGUUGCCAAUGUGUUGUUUUUGGAGUCUCCUGCUGGAGUAGGAUUUUCAUAUACAAAUACAAGCAGUGACUUCAAUACAACUGGAGAUAGUAGAACUGCUAAUGAUAAUGUUGUGUUUUUACUCAAUUGGCUCGAGAGAUUUCCCGAGUAUAAGAAGAGAGAUUUUUACAUUUCUGGUGAGAGUUACGCGGGGCAUUAUGUACCUCAAUUGGCACAUGAAAUUCUUAAGCAUAACAAGCAAGCGAACAAGACUCUUAUCAAUCUUAAAGGAAUUAUUAUUGGGAAUGCAGUGAUCAAUGAUGACACAGACAUCAUAGGAACGUAUGAAUACUAUGCAUCUCAUGCGCUGAUUUCAGAUGAAACGUUCCUCAACAUCAAGAAAUAUUGUUUUGACAAUCACUACAAUAAGAGCAACUGCAAUGAGGCAGUUGCAGUUUCAAACAAUAAUUUGUAUGAUAUCGAUAUUUACAACAUUUAUUUCCCCCUUUGCAAGGAUGGAAAUCUUACGAAAUACCCAAGAGUACCAUCACAGCCAUUAGUGUUUGAGCCCUGCUCGGACCAGUACGUAUAUGCUUAUCUGAACAGGCGGGAUGUUCAAGAUGCACUUCAUGCCAAUGUUACCAACAUCAAAUAUGAUUGGGAAUCUUGCAGCGAUCCACUCUUUUACAACUGGAAAGACAGUCCAGCAACUAUAAUUCCUCUCCUCACAGAGUCAUUGGAAAAUGGUGUUCGAGUUUGGAUUUUCAGUGGUGAUACAGAUGGAUCAGUUCCUGUAACAUCUACGAAGAAAUCCAUUAAAGCAAUGAACCUUAUAGUUGAUCAACCAUGGCGCUCUUGGUUAUCUGGAGGAGAGAUUGGAGGAUAUGUUGAGACAUAUAAAGGAGGUCUAACAUUUGCAACUGUAAGAGGCGCGGGACAUGAAGUUCCAAGUUACCAACCUGCUAGAGCCCUUUCCCUUAUUUCUCACUUCCUUUCGGGCACACUACUCCCUGGAAAUCGCUAAUCUAGCACAUCCUUUAUAUAUAUGUAAUGAAAAAUCAUUUUAUGAGAGCUUUCUUGUGCUCCUCCCUUCUCCUCGUCCUUCCAUGUUUCCCUAGAAAUUGUGAAAAAAUUGUUCCAUGAUUAAUAGUAAAAAUACGACAACACUCGUAGCAAUCUCAUACA